GAAGGAGCUAAGUCAGCAGUUACGACUAGGGAACUCCCCGCUCCUUUCCCGACGUGCGCUCGAUUCGUUUCUCCUCCGCAACGCCCUGCCUUCGCCGUUCUCACGUGCCGCAGGCGCGGCGGGUGGGUCGUGCGAGCUGCCUCCGUCCCGCUUCCGCGCGAGGGGCUCGUCCCAGGUUGAGACCGGAGGCCACCGCGAGGGUCCCUUUCCCUGCAGAAGGGAGGACGGGAAGAAGGACGGUCCCUCCUCCGACUGCGCAAGGGAGAAGCGCGGUGGUGGCGGCUCCCGCUCCCAGCCCCCGGCCCCUCCCGCUGGGAAGGCAAGCCGAGCAUCCAGAGCCGGGCUGGGCGCCCCUCGCCUCUUCGCCAGCCAUGCCCAGCAGCGCCGCCUGAGCUGAGCCCCUCCCCGGCGGGCCGUGUCGGGCGAUGGGUUUGCAGGGGGCCCUCCUCGGCUGCUGCUGCCUCUGGCCGCUGCUCGCUCUGCCCCUGGCCCGAGGGAUCGACUGUAAACCUGGCUGCCACCCACUGUACGGAUUUUGCGAAGUUUCGGGUGAAUGCAGGUGCCAACCCGGCUGGCAAGGCCCUCUCUGUGAUCAAUGCAUCCCUUUCCCAGGUUGCCAGCGUGGAACGUGUGCCAAACCAUGGCAGUGUAACUGUGAAGAAGGAUGGCUCGGCAGCCUUUGUGACACAGCUGUUCAACCAUGUGCUUCAAAGCCUUGUGUAAAUAACGCAACCUGCAUUGAGACCCGUGAGGGCGGCGGAUACUUCUGCGUUUGUGCUGAAGGUUAUGCUGGGAAAAACUGCCAUGUUAAAAAGGAACCCUGUGGAGUGAAUGGCUCUCCCUGCAGGAAUGGCAGCACUUGUGUGGACGAGGAUGGCGUUUCACCCAGAACCUCCUGCCUGUGUCUUCCCGGGUUUACAGGCAUGUUUUGUGAAAUCAAGGCUGAUCCCUGCCAGUCGAACCCGUGCCAAAAUGGAGGAACGUGUACCAACAGCAGUGGGGGCUUCGGCUGUCAAUGUCCUGCUGGGUAUGGAGGUGUAUCCUGCAGCAGCCAUAUCACGUUCUGUACUAGCAACCCCUGUGCAAAUGGCGGGACAUGUCUGGAUCGUGCGAAAGGAGGUUUUCGGUGCAUUUGCAAGCCACACUUUGUCGGGGCCACCUGUGCUUCUCGCUAUAGAAAUGCAAGCAGGAUCAUGCCAGCUGAACACAAGCAGAACCACCAUGUGCACACAAAAGCUUCCCACAGACUGCUUCAUCCUCCAGAACAGGAUGUCCUGACCAUAAGAGAGACCAUAGAAAACAGGCCCUCCUUGCUCAAUAAGAGCCAGGUCAUUUGCUUCAUUAUCCUGGGCUUGCUGACGUGUCUCAUCGUGCUGGGGACUGCAGGAAUCGUGUUCUUCUCCAAAAUUGAAACAUGGCUAGCGAACGCCAGAUACACCCACCUCGUGCGCAAGGAGCGGGAUUGCUACCUGAAGGCCAACAAAGGCGAGAAUCUUUCAGUGAACAUCAUCUUUCCUGAGAAGAUCAAACUGACCGACUGCUCUAAGAACUAUUCAGCCAUUUAGCUUCCCUCUACAGUUUUCUGUUUAACUCCACCUUGUCAAACUGUAUUGUUCUUGUCUUAGCGAUGGCUGGCUUUUCAGGUUUGUUCAUGGACAUGUUUGCUGGCUUUGGGGACCAGUUGAUGAGCCAGGAACAUCUUUGAUCUGUGUCAUCUGGAGAAUUACCCUUUUGAUCUGUGUCAUCUGAAGAAUUACCCUGUUCCAAUCUUUUUUAAAGAAGAGAGAUCAGAAUCGUAUUGAGUUAGAGCCAGCGUUUUCAAGAACUUCUAUCCAUACAGCAUGAUUUUUGUGACUCCCACCUUCCAUGGCAUUCCAAGAUGUCCCCUGAAUUGCUGAGAGGGUACCCCCCAAGAAGAGGAUUGGGGGAGGCAAGUGAAAUGGGGGAGGCAGAAGUUGAGAUACAUGGGCUCAGAGUCCUUUCUCAUGAGCCACUGGAGCCAACCCAUUGUAAACCAAUGAAUCCUAAUUUCCUUUAAAAAAAAUAAAAAGGUGAAGCUUUGUAAAAUAAGACAACUGUUGUAAUCAUGUCAUGUAGCAUAUUUGGCCGAUGUGGUUCCUCUAUGUCUCUUCCCAAUGCUUAUUUUUAAUAAACAGUGAUUAAGGGCUA